AUGCAAGAUUAUUCUGUAAGUGACAAUAAAGCUGUAUUGAUUUCUAAUAGUUUGCCAGCUGGACCAAGUAAAAAUAUUGAGAAUCAUUUAAAGAGUGGGGAAAUUGUAAAUGAGGAAGUAGUUGAAUUUGAACCGGCAGAUGAUCAAUCAGCAAAAUGA